UGUCUGAGCUCUGCAGACAUUUGUGUACACGUAUUACACGGCUGCAUGGGCUGGACCGUGGAGUCAAUGGGAACUAGCUAACUAAACGCUGGCUAGCAUUCAAGUAGAAGCCUAGCAAUGCUAACUUGUAAAAUAUAGCUGAUGAAUCCGGCUGAAGUGUCUGGAAACACGUCUUCUGUCUGUAAAAGCAGGACUUUACUUCUACUGUGCAUGGGAAGCACACGACGUCUGGUGCGGCUGGUUGAAAACGCUUCAAGGUGGCGACAGACAAAGUUGCUGGUAAGCUGAGUUCUACUCUCUCAUGGGUGAAGAACUCGGUGUCCCACACGGUCAGUCAGAUGGCUAGCCAGGUGGCCACGCCCACUUCCCUGCAGACCACUGCUACCUCCUCCUCCACGUCUCUGUCCUCGCCCGGCCUCUCUCCCGGCCUCUCGCCCGGCCUCUCGCCCGGCCUCUCGCCCGGUCUCUCGCCCGGUCUCUCACCCGGCCUCUCGCCUGGCCUCUCGCCGUCCUCCCCGGGGAAGCUCAGCCCUGACGAUGUGGAGCUGCUCGCCAAGCUCGAGGAGCAGAACAGGCUGCUGGAGACAGACUGCAAGUCACUGCGCUCCAUGAACGGCUCCAGGCGAAACAGUGGCUCCUCCCUGGUGUCCAGCUCCUCUGCGUCCUCCAACCUCUCCCACCUGGAGGAGGACACGUGGAUCCUGUGGGGACGAAUUGUCAAUGAGUGGGAGGAUGUGCGCAAGAAGAAGGAGAAGCAGCUUAAGGAUCUUGUCAGAAAAGGGGUCCCUCACCACUUCCGGGCCAUAGUAUGGCAGCUGUUAUGCAACGCCCAGAAUAUGCCCAUCAAAGAUCAGUACUCAGAACUCCUGAAGAUGACGUCACCCUGCGAGAAGCUGAUUCGCAGAGACAUCGCCCGCACAUAUCCUGAACACGAAUUCUUCAAGGAGAAAGACAGCUUGGGUCAGGAAGUGCUCUUCAACGUCAUGAAGGCAUAUUCUCUGGUUGACCGUGAGGUCGGUUACUGUCAAGGGAGUGCAUUCAUUGUUGGACUGCUCCUCAUGCAGAUGCCAGAGGAGGAGGCAUUCUGUGUGUUUGUGAAGCUGAUGCAGGAUUACAGAUUACGGGAGCUCUUCAAACCCAGCAUGGCUGAGCUGGGACUCUGCAUGUAUCAGUUUGAGGUUAUGAUUCAGGAGCAACUCCCAGACCUGCACAUACAUUUCCAGGCUCAGAGCUUUCACACAUCCAUGUAUGCCUCCUCGUGGUUCCUCACCAUCUUCCUCACCUCCUUCCCUCUGCCUGUUGCCACGAGGAUCUUUGACAUUUUCAUGUGUGAGGGUCUAGAGAUAGUUUUCCGUGUGGGACUUGCCAUCCUCCAGAUGAAUCAGACUGAACUCAUCCAGCUUGACAUGGAGGGAAUGUUACAGCACUUUCAGAGGGUCAUCCCACACCAGCUGGACAGUGGACCAGAUAAGGUCAUCCAGGCUGCUUAUCAGGUUAAAUACAACGCCAAGAAGAUGAAAAAGCUAGAGAAAGAAUACACUACAAUCAAAACUAAAGAGAUGGAGGAGCAGGUGGAGAUAAAGAGGCUGCGGACAGAGAACCGGCUGCUGAAGCAGAGGAUAGAUACACUAGAGAAAGAAAGUGCUUCCUUGGCAGAUAGAUUGAUCCAGGGACAAGUGACUCGAGCUCAGGAGGCCGAGGAGAACUACCUGGUCAAGCGGGAGCUGGCCACAGUCAAACAGCAGAGCGAGGAGGCCACUGCUCAGCUGGAGCAGGCCAAGAAAACCAUCGAGCAGCUUCAGCCGCAGCAACAGCAUCGGCCAAACGCGAAGAGAGCCCCUCGGUACUCUGAGGAGUCUGUCCUGCAGCUGGAGAGAGAGCUCGUUCAGGCCAGACUGAUGGAGGCCGAGUCUCAGUGCGCCCUCAAGGAGAUGCAGGACAAGAUUUUGGAUGUGGAAAAGAGAAACACGUCUCUACCAGAUGACACCAACGUGGCUCGUCUUCAGGAGGAGCUGAUCGGGGUGAAGCUGAGAGAGGCCGAGGCUCUGACCGGCCUCAAAGAGCUGAGGCAGCAAGUCAGAGACCUGGAAGAGCACUGGCAGCGUCACUUGGCACGCACGGCAGGUCGCUGGAAGGAAAGCCCGAAGAAGAACGCCCUGAGCGAGCUGCAGGAUGAGCUGAUGAGUGUGAGGCUACGAGAAGCUGAAGCGCAGGCAGAGCUGAGAGAGACACGGCAGAGGAUGCUGGAGCUGGAAACACAGAAUCAGAUUCACAGUAACCAUCUGCGACGGGCCGAGCAGGAGGGCCGCUGUCUGCAGGAGUGUGUGCGAACCUUGACGCUGCAAAACAAAGACCUGAGUGUGCAACUGCAAGAGAUCAAGCGGAGACAAGCUGAGAUUGAAUGCAAGAGUAAAGAAGAAGUGAUGGCAGUGAGGCUACGGGAAGCUGACAACAUUGCUGCUAUGGCUGAACUCCAGCAACAGAUCUCAGAGCUUGAGAUUCAGAAAGAAGAAGGAAAGGUCCAAGGCCAGCUGAACCACACCGACUCCAGUCAGUACAUCCAUGACCUCAAAGACCAGAUAUCAGAGCUAAAGCACGAGAUAUGCUGCUUAAAAGGACAGAGGCGCUUGGACAAUCCGUCCACUUUUGAUGGGAUCCACAUCGUCAAUCACUAUGUGGGGGACAGUCGGUCCUACCAGUCUUCAGAUGAGGAUGGAGUCAAGGACACCAUCCUGCAGGACACCCAGCAGAGGGGCAUGGGUCGAAUCAGACUGCGGCCAAACCUCCCGGACACAGACAGCGAUGAGGAGGAAGAGGAUGAUGAGGCCCUGCGACUCUCUGUUCCUCCAAGCAGCAAGUCCACCACCGUGUGAUGAGCAGAAUGGGACACAUGCUGACAGCCUCCAGUCAGGGAGAGGAGGUGUUCCCAGCAGCCAUUUCAGAGAAGUCUGGAUCUAGGAGUUCUGAAUUUCAGACAUCAGAUGCAUCAUCAUUUCAUAUCAUGAGAAACACAUUUAGAGAUGGAGUCUAUUUAGUUCUUUUGUAGUUUUUUUCUUUAUGUUCCUGAGGGCCGCAAACGCCACUGACAGAGGCAGAUCCUCAGCAUGGGCCUCAGCAGAGACAUCAAUAACCUGCAGCAUAUCAAACUCUACUGGGCCACAAUAACCCGAGGAGAGGGGGAGGGGGAGGAGGAGGAGGAGGAGGAGGAGGAGGAUCACACUCCUCCGCCCCCCUCCAUCCUGUAGGUACAACACAGAGAGAGAGACUGUGCAAUAAACAUUUUAUGCUAUAUCACCCACUUCUUCAUCUAACGUGUUUUUAUACUUUUAAAAGCAUUUUAUAAAAGAACAUCAAACAUGUAUUGAUGCCGUUACUAAGUGUCCACCAUGCAGAGGCACAUUUAUACAAGUACUGUGUGUAUAUAUAAAUAUAUCUAUUGUCCUGAUGAGCUCGGUCAGAGGCUGCUGUUGAAGCUGCUCGUCUCCUCCAGCAAUGACUCUUUUGGCCUUAGCGCACGCCGCAUGGCUUUCACCAGAGCUGGUGAAGCAUGAGGUCAGUGUGACGUCUGCAUACCUGUAGAUAUGUAAAUGUGUAAUAUCAUUGUUUCUGUUUGUUUGUUUUGUUUUCAAUUCCUUUUGAACUUGAAAAUAUGUAUCUAUUGCAUAUCUGAUGUUAAGAUUAUAUUGAACAAUUCGGAAAGAAAAAAGGGAUGUAGUUAAAACACGCUAACACAAAUGACAGAUCCUGUUUGUUGAACACGGAGAUACGUUUGUGCAAGACAAGAAAAAUAAUUACUGACUUUCCUCCUGAGAAGACUUUGGCAUGCUUUUUCCUGAGAAGUUAAAAAAGAAUUAUAGAGUAUUUAUAGCCAGGCAUUGGAUAAAAAAGUGGAGAGAUAGAGGGUAUUUUCAUUAUUUGCAUUCUUAAAAUGAAGUUGAAUGUCAGGAACAAACUGAUGAACAGUAUUAGUGCCAGGUCAAAGUAAAAUGAACCCCAUGAGGAAGAAUUUUCUUUACAUUUUGAUAUGAGAAACAUGAAAUUCUUCCUUUAAAUGACCCUACGACUAAGAGUUUGGCGUAUUCCCAACUAUUUGACUUUAUUCUAAAAAAGGAUAAUUAAGAGAUCCCCCCACGCUUUAUCUUCUGCGUGGCCCUGAUGGUGUUCAGACCAAUAGCCAUGAUAUACCUGCAUGAUUUUGACUGCAAGAUUAUUUGUGUUUAUUUCUGUCUGUAAAACAUCUGCCAAUAUCGACGCUUCUGGAUGUGUCAGGAAACUAACCUCCACCUCCGCUGACUAUAAAACUAAGUGCUGAUUCCAGCUGCUUGAGACUAAACAUUACUCCGUUUGAUCACCUGUUAGAUGGGUUAGACUCAACCAGGCUCACUACCAAGAUUCCUCUGUCGUAAUCUGUCUCACUGUGGCAGCAUGACUCCAAAAUAAACUGAUUGUUUUGUAUUAAAUGAGGAGUUAAAAUGUUUCUGAAAGACAUACAUUAUAAUGCAGAUUUACAAAAGUAAAAGUCAGUGCUUUGUCCACAAGAUGAAAAGCAAAGGACUUUUAAAAUGAGUGUUUUGUGAAUGAGGUUUGGUUUACCAUUUCUAAAUGGAUCUGAGGACAUCUCUCAGUGCUGCAGAAGUUACCUGUUUAAAUUUGAUUUUCUUCAACUUGUCAGAGGGAUGACUAAAAUUUGAAUGAUCAAUUUUGCCUGGCCUUAACAUACAGCUUUCAGUCCACUUUAUUUGUACUUAUGUUUAGAAUUUCCCUUUGGUCUAAACAAAUUUGAACACUCUUCUAUUUAAAAUCAGUGCAGCAAAGGGGACUGCUUUAUUUCUUCAUGAUAUGACUUUUGUACUGAAUUCUCUGAAAGCACCACAGCUCAGCUUUCAAAAUGAGUCAGUCCAUUCUGCACAUAGUUCAUUUGUUAAAGAGUCAGACCUGAGUUAACCUAUCAUACAUCUGUGUAUCAUCAAUUUGCACAUACAAUGGUUUGUAACCCUGGGGAAUUCAAGCUGGGCAUAAAUUGGAAAUUAGGAGCGGUCAGUGUUACUAAAGUAAAAGCACUGUAUUCUAAACUGAGCUCACCCACAAGCCACUUUCACUCCAUUUCAUUAGCAAGGACCUGGAUGAGUCAGAAUUUCUCUGAAUGUCUGUACUGAACACUAACUGAAAGGUGAGCAGCGUGAACAGUCCAGGAAACAGAAAAAAAAAACUUGAGUUGAAAAGAUACCCUGUGUUUGUUUGAUGCGAGGUUCACAUUAUGGCACUUUUUUGUUGUUGGAGUCUGCAGUGCAGUAAGGACACACAUGGCAACACUAUGGAGCAGUCAGCACACUCUGGAGACUACAUGAGAUUUGAGUGUAUGUGUGUGUGAUGAGUUCACAAUAAAAAUGUUUGCUAAA